AUGACCAUUACAUUUUUUUUUCUUGCGUGUGACGGGGGCGUCGUUUUGUACUCUUACCGUCUGUCGUUGAGGCCAACACCAUUUAUGGGGGUUAUCGAUUUGAAUUGUUCACCAAUCUUCUUUUUCUUCUUAUUCAUUGCGGGCUUAUUCCUUGUUGCUGUCUUCUUCUCCUUCUUCAUUGCCUUUUUUUCUUUUUGUUUCCUGUCUUCUUCUUUACUGAUUGAUUUGUCUUCGUUGUUGUAUUCUACAACUUCGUUUUCGUUCUUGUUGUUUUCCUCUUCUUCCUUGGUGUCUUCUGCUUCUACUUUUUCUUCUUUGUUGACAUUUGUUUUUUUUUAUUUUUCUUAUUUUUUAACGUUUGUUUCUUCUUUGUUGCUGUCUUCCCUCACUUCUUCUUCGUUGCUGCUUUAUACCUCCUCCUCCUUUUCUUCUUCUUCUUCUUCUUCGUUCCUGUCUUUUUUCUUUUUUAUUCCUCUUCUUCUUCGUUCCUCUCCUCUUUCUUCUUCUUCUUCUUCUUCUUCUUCUUCUUCUUCUUCUUCUUCUUCGUUGCUGUAUUUUUCUUAUUUGUUGCCGUUUAAUUCUUCUCGUCGCUGUCUUCCUCAACUUCUUCUUCGUUGCUGUCUUCUUCUUCUUCUUCUUUUACGUUACUGUUCUUCUUCUUUGCUGUUUGUGUCUUCCUCUUCAUUGUCUUCCUACUCCUCCACCUCUUCUUCUUCUUCAUCUUCUUCUUCUUCUUCUUCUUCUUCUUCUCGCCCCUAUCUUCUUUAUCGUUGCUCUCUUCUCCUUCUUCCUCGCUGA